CAGCUUGCUAGCCUUUCUAGAUCUAGCCUUGGCGAGCGGACUUGGCGACUUUUUUCGUUUGCCUUUCUGUAUCUUAGUUACCUUCCUAGUUGUUAGCCUAUGCCCAGCACAGCGGGCCCAUCCUGGGCGUAUAGAUAUACAAACGCUAUAUGAUAAUGAUGUUUAAGAUACAUUUAACGAAUCGGAUGAAUCGGAUGCCCAGGAGGACGAGCGAGAGGACGAGGAGGCUGAAGAUCAUUUGAGGGACCUCCAAACGUCAAAGUACUACACCUACUACGAAGAAGCACAGUCCCUGAAUAGUUCGUCAGCAGGGACGAUGACCAGUUAUGGAGCGACGAUUCACAACCACUUCGGCGCGGAGAAUGCUGGCCCGCACCUGCCUAUGGGCUCGGACACAGAGGACGAGCAAGUCGAGGAUCAUUCUAAUGCGUUUCUAGAACAUCAUCAACGGGCGAUGGGCCAUGAUCCAAACUACACGUUUGCAGCAACCGUUUUCAGUGGAGCGUUCGCAAUGGAAGAAAGUGCUGGCGGCACUGCUUCGAACGACAUCAAUGCUCAUGGCGGUGGUUCAAGUUCAAGAUCACAAGGUAGCAGGAAGAGCGGUGGAAUCGGUGGAAAAAGGGCAGGUGGAAGGAAGCGAAAAAAAUCAUCAACAUCAAGAAGAAUAGAUGAGUUGCAGCCAGAAAAUUUUUCCCAAUUCGAGCAACCCUGGAUGAAUCAAAGUGGAGGUGCAUCUCUUUCUUCACAUUCUCGGUCUGCGAUCGUAUCCCGAACAUCAACGACGGGAAGCCGGAGUCUCCAAGCCUCGCAGGAUAAAGUUCCGCAAGACACUGCGCGUUUCAUGCUAAGCUCGGAAGCCACCGGUACCACUCACGCAGAGGUCGUAUCCGGAGUGCGGAACUUUCCUCAAAAGCCGUUUGAAAAAUGGAGCGAAGGCGACCGCUUUUUGCUUGGCUUGGUGCUCAUUCUCACUGUGUGUUAUGGCAGGCGGGUGGGAGGCAUGAGUUGAACACUUGACUUCUACUAGCAACGUUGUAGAGUAAUGCCAUGAUGAGGUGGCCGAAACGUGCUCUUGAUGCUCUAUCUUAACUCUUGUUGUUCUAUGAUUCUGUUCCUAGUUCUAGGUAGUUGUACCGCGGCACUCUAUGAUUAUCAUCAUUAUCGCGUCGUUCAUGAUGAUGAUGAUGAUAAUGAUGAUGAACGACAACUAUACGAACAAUCCAUCAGUUAACCGACGUCUAACUUUUUCUCGUAGAUGUGGGCACUUCUGAAGUGCAGCGAGCUGUAGUUAGAGUCCUCGGAGGAUCACAUACACACACGCUGGCUUUCGUGGUUUUGACGAAUUUAGCGUUGCUGAUUUUCUGGCCGAUCCAUUUCGUUCGUACGGCUUACAAAAAUUACGCCAAUCCGGACGAACCAGACGAAGAGGAGACCGCGUCUGCGGCGAUCCGAGCGUCUGGUCUAGCGUUUUUCCGUGGAAAAAUGUACGACACGUUGUCAGGUGCCCUGAUCGAGCAGCCAGAUGAAAGAGCAGGACGCCGUAGGCGGCGAGAUGAGAUUCGAGAUGCAACUUGGUCCCGAGACCCGACCAGAACUGUGAUGGUACAGAAAAAUAGGGGAAAGAUUCCACCUCGUGACGUCGCAAAACUGAGAGUGCAGGGCGACGGAGAAAUGACGGAUCCAACGCCUCGAAUGAACGAGUACUACGAAAGCGAUAUCAAUUUUGCAGGUGCAGCAGAACAAUAUGAACGCAGAUUAAUGCAGGAGAAUGGUCUUCUACAACUAAAGGAUACAAAUACAUUCUUGUCUGCGUCCGUGUCCUCUUCAGGACAGGGUGGGGAGCGCUCGAUGCGUAACUCCGUUUCAGAGCACGAAACUGGGGAUUCAUCGUCUCAGCGACGUCAGGAAGCCAGGCGGUGGCAUAGAAAAAACGGACAAGAACACCAGCCUGGCGAUUCUGUGGUUGUCAAUAUGGACAGACGCAGUGGUACAGAGGGAGACCAAAGCAUUGCGACCAGUGAAAUCCUGCAGGAUCAGCAGGCAUUAUACAGAGAUCCAGAGGCCAACUCAUCCUUCGCCACCCUCGAGAGCUAUCGUGGAGGAAAGAGAACACCACAGCAAAUCAGUUUCUCUAGGAGCAAUAACCUUGUUAUUGCUGAUCAUCAGCAAGGAGGACAAUGGCAAGUACCGCCACCCGGAGCCGGAGCUUCUCGGAACAUUAGAGGUGCAAGUGGGACAAAAGAAAGGCCGCGCGUGCCUUCGCUUUCGAUGAGUCCGGCUGCGAGGGUUCGCGGGCGGGUUAGCCCAGGCCCGAAGUUUCUGCAGUCUCCGUCCGAGGUCGACAUGGCUAGAAUUGGUGGCACAAGCAUCAAUUGGCAGCGCCACCCGACGUCGACUGGCCGGUCUUCACGAAUUCUUCUCGGUUCCGUGACUUUAGCUACGACGCGGCCGUCAGUUGAAGAAGUUCAGUCUCCUGUGGGUCUUAUCCAUUCAUCUUCUCCUCUAGAUGAGCGUUAUUCAGUACCUCCGCAUACGACAGCGCAAGUCCCUAGUGUGGCCGCAGAAGUAGAAGACGUAGAACUGAAACCUUCUACACCUCCCCCUGCUGCUGCAUCAGAAUCUAGUAGAAGCACACUCUCGGAACGGGCAGCAGCUGAAGAUGCACGACCCACUGAUGCAACACCAUCGAGCAAAAAGCUGGGUGGCACCGGUGAAACGGAAUCGCCGCCCCUGAAGUUGUUGAGUAAUUUGCCUAGAAGUCAGCAUUCUUCCUGCUCAUCCUCAAGCUCUAGCAGCCAUUUUUUCGCCCUACCGAGAGCUUCACAAGGUAUGCCAACCGCGCAGCCGCAGAACUUCUUGACGCCGCCAGAGGUCUCACCUGUAGCCACGGCCAGGGACGUCGCUCACGGCAACGGCGAUGAAUCUGAGACCAAUGCUCACGCUCGAGACGGUCCGAGUGCCUCGAAGUCGUUUGAUCGCCGCUUGUACGAAGGAAGCCAUCGCAUGGAGAAGAAAGUCGAAGAUGAGGCCAGUGCGCAUGAAGAUGACUUGAUGCCCCUUCGACCCAUCAACAUCAUUUCGAAGCUGGAAGUCAGUCAUGAACAACGAGAAGAGGGGGGCGAGGAAGAGCAGAAUCAAACUUAUCGUGUGAUCGUCACCACAAGUGAAGGUGAGGAGCAAGCGCGUCUGGAUAACAUGCUUCAAGAGGUCAGCCUUGGCUCCGCAAGAAGUGUCGACCACAUGCACAUGGAAUCAAGUUCAUUUCACCAAUCGCAGUUGCUUUCCGUCAAUAGGGAAAGAUCUGGACGAGCCUGGCCGCGGGCGUCGCCAUAUCGAAAGUCCACGAAACGUCAUAGAAAACGGCGAGAGGGGACCGCUAACGCCGCGGGCGCCAAUUCCUCGUCCCAACUAUUGGACUCCAUAAAAGAAAGUGAAAUCGGAAGCCCGCAUGAAGACGACGGAGGCAACCACAACAGGGAUAGCGGUCAUAGCCAUAUUGAGGCGUCUAAUACUCGUUAUGCGACAAAUUGGGCCCUCGUUGACGGACCAGCGAUGGAAGAUGAUAGUUUCACAUACGGCAAGUCGCCACGAGCAGACGAGGAUGAAUCUUCCGUCGAUACAUCAGACUCAGACCGUUAUUUUCUUGGUAGUCGGGCCAAUCCUGAGUCCUUUUCUCUGGGAAGUGAAGAUCAUCGCCCUAAAAGAAAAUCUACGAAGCGGCUUCGCUUUGACGACCGUGUUUCUUUCGCACCUGAGACAAUUAACAGUACUAGAAAUAGUAAAAGAAUAGCGAGGACAUCACGUCGGCGACCUGAUCAAUUGUUGCAAGCAGUACUAGACAAUGAGAGCAGCAUGGCCUCCACCUCGUCAAGUGGACCGCGACAGUCGACAGAGUACGCAACCGAAGAAGAAAUCGUCUAUGAAUUUGAUGACGACCAAGAGUCCGUGCGCUCGGCUGAACGUCAAGAAAGAGAAGACGAGGAGACGAGAGAGACACUACUGCCUCCGUCCGUGCGUGAACCUCGUGGUUUUGUGUCACAUAGUCGCGUGCAUAAAAAACCUUCCAAGAAGGACAUCUCUGGCGCUUCAAUGUAUCUUUUUGCUCCAGAUUACGAAGCACCCGCACGCAAGCAGGAAGAGGAAGAUCGCCGUGACAUAAAUGCUUCAGAAGUGACCGAGGAAUAUGCAACUGCCGGACAGCCACUACAGAAUCAAACCCUUGAUAGCAAUGAAGAUAAAAAUGGAGAAGACAGGAGUGAGAACGCGGCUGCAGUGCCUUCAGAAAGUGCGCCAACAAACAUUGGCAACUACAAAUCUGGUGAAAGUGAAACACGUUCAGCUGAAAAGAAGAAGAGAGCUGGUAAUAAACGGCGCAGAGAAAGUAAGAAAGACACGGAACAGCGUGGCUCACUCUUCGACGACGCCAGAAAAAAUCAGAUUCCAGACGAAGAAGCAGUAGCGUCUUUUGUUCAACCUCAAAGGGAUAACACAGACGCAGAUGGCGGUCAGACUCGCGCCAAGAGCCUACGUGACCAUUUGCAUGUUGCCUCAUUCUUGUUGGCAGGCAGAAGAAUGUCACUGACUCGACAGCCGUUGCCUGAGGAAACUACGAAAGGCAACAGCAGUAUGCCUCUGGAUAAGAAGACAAAAAGUAGGAAGUCGAGGCGUAGUGUUGACAAAGACAAGAAAGGUAGACGGGCGCAGCAGGAAGAUGAGGAUCAAGAACCAAAUGAAGACUUAUUGGCUGAACCUGUUGCGGCCUACGAUGCAGACCGAGACGGGCACGGUGCUCCCCCGGAUGAGGUCAUUGAUUGUCAGGAUAGAACAAGUACAAGGUCAAAGGAGGAAGAUCAGGACGGACCAGGAUUUGUGAAACUUCCAGGAAAUGGUAGUCGUCGAGUCUUCCAGCCAAUUCAGCACAAUCGUAGAGAAACGAGAGAAAAUUUGCAGCUGGGUUCCAUUCGACCCAAGCCAAAGUCCCCAGGCUCAUCCUCGUCGAGCGCCACGUCAGAGACGAAAAGAAAAACUCUACCGAAGUCUUCGCCUUCGCAUCAAAAUUUACAAGCAGGAGAUGAGGUCGGAGCGCUUGGGCAAUCGUCGCUGCAGCUGAACUCCUCGAGCGGUCGACAAGAAGGCGUGAGCACCUUGCUGGACUUGUUCACUGUGCAGGAUCGAGACUUUUUUACCGGUGCGCCGAUGACCGCUUCGCGAGCGCGUGCCAAAAGUGAGGCCCUUUACGGCUUUACCAGGCUGACGAGGCUGAGCAGCAAGAUGAAGAAUGCUGCUCGCUUGCAACAGGGUACAACCGAGGAAGGCUCGCGUGCUGCCUCUCAGGCAUGGAGCGAUGCUUCCAUGACAUCGACCGUGUCCUCAACGCGCUCCCUAAUCGAUCGCAUCGCGGCCUCAACAGCACGUCCUCCCGUUUACGUCAUAAUCGCCCUCAUUGCCCCGGUUUACCUGCUCGCACAGUGGACGGCGCUCCAAGGCAUGACUCAUUCCAGUCUAUCGAAUUGCGCUCUCGUCUCCAGCUUCACUGGUGUAAGCGUUUACCUGUUGUCAGUGAUGUGGAUUGGGGAGGAGCACGACGGAUCAAAGUGGUUAGGCGUUCUGCUGAGUGCAUGUGGCGUUUUCGUGGUCCUGCACAGUGGUGGAGAGGCUACUGACGCAGCUGCAUCGGCUCGUCAAGCUAGUGGUUCUAGUCAGAAUGACGUCGACGGAUCAUAUGAGACUACGACUACCAACAUGUUUCCCGGUGCAAGCAGCGGCAUCACUUUCUUCUUAAAGGACAUGCUCCAGCUCCACACGCGCACAUCUACGCUUGACGACGCGAAGCGUGCUUUCCUCGACAGUGAAUAUUCGGUACUGCGACCGCAUAAACUCGCUUUGGGUGUGUCCUUCAACAGUGAAGAUACCACAGAGCAGAUGAGUCUGCUUGUGUCACAGCAAGACCCUGACCCAUCCUCUAGCACAACGGACUCACCUGAUUCAUCUUCGUCCUUAGCAGGUGAAACGACUUCGAUGGCAGGCCAAAAUCAAAAAGUCCAUAUUACAGCGCCAUGGUCGAGCGGUGUAGUCUACAGUCUUCUUGCUUCCGUUGUUUUUGCGGCCUAUGCGAUCCUCGUGACAGAAUACAUUCGUGAUCCGGUCAUUUUUCUUGCGUAUAUCGGCCUGUACACGCUCUGCGUCGGCGUCCCUCUCGUUCUUUUAUGCGAUUACGGUGUCCUCCAUGAGCUCAUGCAAGUCGGUGCGGAACAAUACGGUGGCACGCUUGCUCUCCUGGGUAUCGCCAACGCCUUCAUGGGACAAUUCUGUUACGCUUGGGGCCUACUCCUCACCAGCCCGACGGUAGCUGUCCUGGGACUCGCUUGUUCGAUUCCGCUAUCUAUUCUCUUCGAACGAGUGCUGUGCGUCAACUGCGCGCCACUCUUCGGGUAUCACGUUGCGGCAGGGCUCUGCAUCCUUGCAGGCUUCGGCGCUUUCCUGUACGGACAUCUUCAGGGAAAACGCAGGAUUUCGCAUGCUUUCACGCGAUGAACAGUAUGAACUUCGUGCACGAUCAGUUCACAGCGGAGGGAACGGACGAGGCCAUCUGAGUAACUAUAUUUUCGAACAGGGUCCUUCAUGUUCUUCACCAGAAAGUCUUAUAUUUUCAAAGAGACCACGCAAUCGAUUUCGUAUUGUGCAGAUUAUUCAUGAUUCAUAGAAUAAAUGUACGGCUUUCAUUUCAAGAUUUCUGGCUUCAAGAAUCAGUGAUGUAAUGCACAGUAAUACAAAGCUCGAAAUAACAUGUAAUUGUACAGCAGCUCUAUUUAUAGUCCAUAACAAAGUCCUCGUAGUCGUAACAUUUUGUGUUUUUAGAACAUUGUAGUUGUUCGAUGUAUCCCCUUAUGCAAUUCCAAUUAUACUUGUGUUUCUCAUCAUGCUAGUCUACGACAUUGACUACGAUUGCCAUUCGCAGUUGCAGCUCCGGUUGGCUCGAUAUCCCCAUGAUUCCACGCGUGUCUCAUGAUAUCCUUCCUAUUGUGAAAGUGACGCGGUUCGUUAUGUUGAAUUUCAAUGUUCCGAGAUGAUGAAAAAACAAAUGCAAACGUAUAUUCACUAGAAUGAAAACAAUAACAAAGACAGAAACGAGGCUUGGAAAAAAUGGUUUUGCUGCAACGUGAAGAU